AGGAAAAAAAGAUUUAAAAGAUCGAAAUAAUGGGCACAAGUGAUCCAACUGAAAUUAGAUGCAAUAAAUGAUGAAGAAUCCGUACUCAAUUUCCUACUACCAUUAAUUAUGCAACAGGCUACAAACCACCUACACAUGCUCCCUCUGCUCAGAAGAACCUCAACUGCCUUGUUAUCCUCGUUUUUAACACCAUCAUCAUUAUCUCCAAUCCAAAAUUCCCUCUCCAGACUCAUCGUCAUGGAUUCUUGUGCAGCUGGUCCUUCCAGGAAACUCAUGGUCUUGGCCCAACAACUGCGCCUCUACAAACCGCCUUCGCCACAAUCAGAUGAUGAGGAGGAGGAGGGGCAGAGGAUUGAGGAGAGUGCAGGGAAAGUGGUUUCGCAAGUGGGUUUUGCGGAAUCUGCGACUUCUGUGGCCCGACAGCCUCCUGAGAGGUUCAGGCCCAAAAGAGCUGCCGUUCUCAUAUGCCUCUUUGAAGGGGAUCACGGAGAAUUGAGAGUUAUUCUCACUAAGAGAUCAUCAAAGCUGUCUACUCAUUCUGGUGAAGUUUCGUUGCCUGGAGGGAAAGCAGAGGAGACAGAUGCCGAUGAUGCUGAGACAGCAACAAGGGAGGCAAACGAGGAGAUAGGGUUGGAUCCUUCACUUGUAAAUGUUGUCACUUGCCUUGAACCAUUCUUGUCAAAGCACCUCCUCAGGGUGAUCCCUGUUAUUGGCAUACUUUCUAACAGCAAAGACUUUAUUCCCUCUCCUAAUGCUGCCGAGGUGGAAGCUGUAUUUGAUGCUCCCUUGGAAAUGUUUCUCAAGGAUGAAAAUAGAAGAGUGGAAGAAAGAGAGUGGAUGAACGACAAGUAUCUCAUCCAUUUUUUCGACUAUGAAGUGAACGAUAAGAAGUAUGUCAUAUGGGGUUUAACAGCCGGAAUUCUGAUAAGGGCAGCGUCUGUUGUGUAUCAGAAACCACCUGCUUUUCUAGAGCAAAAUCCCAAAUUCAAAGUCCCUAGAGUUGUGGAGAAAGAAACCACCAUGCCUUAAGUCUGUUAUAAAUUCUUGUAACCUGUAAGCUGCUGCACAGUAUAAAUUCAUUGUGGCCGGACUUCUUGCUAACCUUUUCCAAGCCAGAUUUCAGAAGUGCGGAGGCAAUAAGAUUUGGAAGAUAAGUUCGGGGGCACAACUUGUACUGCAACAAGUGUCGAGUCUAUAUAUGUAUUUGAAAGAAUUUCUUAUGAGAAGUGAUUCUACGGUUUAUCCCUUGUUUAGAUAUGUUAAAUUUUUUCUUUUAAAUUCAA